AGAUUGGAGACCACGAUGCUGACGUCGACAACUGCUUUUCCGGAGGAUCAGGGUAGGACUGACUACGCGCAAGUUAUGCGCGACUUGAUGGCCCGAGCUUUCGCCAGCAUACCGACGUCCCUUCGGAGGAAGUUGUUGGAAGCCGACGUCCGGCCGGAGUGCACAGCGGGACUCUUGCGGACUCUGCGUGGCUUCCAGAACUUCGACUCUUGGGCGCUGAAAUUGUUCGACGCGUCCGGCAAGUACCCCACGGGCCUGUUCGAGGGCAGCCGCGUGGAUAUGGGAGCAUUCGACGAGUGCCUCAGCAUUGUACUACGCGACGGCUAUGGGAACAUGCUGUCGCGAGGGCAGUAUUGCAACCUGAUGACAUACGUCACGAACGGCUCUGCCGUGGAGGAGAAGGUUCGCUCAUUGUCUGAUGUGUUGCACCCUAGGCUACAAUAUUUCAGGAAGUACUUUUCCUACACAAAGCUUCCUGUGGGUCGCCUGGCAGUGUGCUCUCUAAACGACUGCAACCAACAAGACAUGCAAGGCUCAGUGACCAUUGUGACGCCCCCUUGCGUACGCCUCGAAGUGUCUGAUUGUGUAACAGGGGAACCGGAACCGUGGAGCAGAGGAGAAAUGGGAAUUUGGGUGCUUUUAUGUAUCCUACUCAUCGCCGUCGCAGCUGGUACCUAUGUCGACUGCUUCAUGAAGAGAGAGCCGAAGAGGAAGAAAUACCGCAGCGUAGCCGUCGGGCCCUGGUCGGCGUCCGGCGAGCCGGCCAUGUCCGGGCAGUUGGUCAGCUGGAUGCACCGCGUGCUGCCGUUCAGCAAGAGCGCCCGCAGCCCCCAGCACUGCAACGCGGCCUACGACCACGCCUCGUCCAACGCCUCGUCGCGGAACGCCUCGCCGCUGCACUGCGCCUCCUCACCGGCGCGGAGCCGAGCAGCGGAGGAGGCGGCGAGUGCGAGCGCCGGCCCGGAGCACCCGGCGCCUCAGCACGAGAUCAAGGACUCGCUCGAGGCUGAGCGAGGCGAGGACGAGUCGGGCCUUCGCGCGUACGAGCCAUGCGUAGCGCAGGAGGACGAGUUCCCGCCGCCGCCGCCGCCGGUCUCGUCGGCCGAGCAGCGGCGGCGCGGCCCGUCGUCGCGCGGUAUGGACUCGGUCGAGUUCCGCCAGCGCGGCCGCGAGAUGGUCGAGUACAUCGCGCGCUACAUGGAGACCAUCGGCGACCGGCGCGUGACCCCGCAGUGCGAGCCGGGCUACCUCAAGGAGCUGCUGCCGGACAAGGCGCCCGAACAGCCCGAGGACUGGGACAACAUCAUGGCCGACGUGGAGCGCUUCAUCAUGCCCGGAGUGACCCAUUGGCAGCACCCCCACUUUCAUGCCUACUUCCCCGCUGGGAAUUCCUACCCUUCUAUCCUGGCGGACAUGCUCUCUGAUGGCAUCGGCUGCGUCGGGUUCUCCUGGGCAGCCAGCCCGGCUUGCACAGAACUGGAGGUGAUCAUGCUGGACUGGAUCGGAAAGAUGAUUAACCUUCCCGAGGAAUUUCUCUGCCUGUCGGGAGACAGCAGUGGAGGAGGUGUUAUUCAGUCAAGCGCAAGCGAGUGCAUUCUGAACACUCUGCUGGCAGCCAGGUACGCAACGAUCAAGAAACUCAAGGAGGAACAGCCUUUCGUCGACGAGGGCGUGCUCCUCUCCAAGCUCAUGGCCUACUGCUCCAAGGAGGCCCACUCAUCGGUGGAGAAAGCAGCAAUGAUUGGAUUCGUGAAGCUUCGCAUUCUCGACACGGACGAGAACUUCAGCAUGCGCGGCUCGACGCUUGCCGCCGCCAUGGAGGAAGACCGCAAGGCGGGAUUCGUCCCCUUCUUUGUAAGCGCAACUCUGGGAACGACGUCGUGCUGCUCCUUCGACGCUCUGGCGGAGAUUGGUCCACUCUGUCAAAAAGAAGGCAUCUGGCUUCACGUGGACGCCGCCUACGCGGGAAGCGCUUUCAUCUGCCCCGAGUUCCAGUACCUGCACAAGGGACUCGAGUACGCGAUGUCUUUCAACAUUAACCCUAACAAAUGGAUGCUUGUAAACUUUGACUGCUCCUUGAUGUGGGUAAAGGACAGGUUCAAGUUGACGCAAGCUUUGGUCGUUGACCCGCUGUACCUACAGCACAGCUAUUCAGAUAAGGCGAUUGAUUACAGGCACUGGGGCAUCCCCCUUAGUCGGAGGUUCCGGUCGCUCAAACUAUGGUUCGUAGUGAGGAGGUACGGCAUCGCCGGACUACAGCACUACAUCCGAGAGCACGUUCGACUGGCAAAGAAAUUUGAGCAGCUGGUGCGAAGCGACUCCCGAUUCGAAGUGGUUAGUCAAGUGAUCUUCGGUCUCGUCUGCUUCCGGCUCAAGGGCUCGAACCAGCUGAACGAAAAGCUGCUGUCGAGCAUCAACGCGUCGGGCAAGCUUCACAUGGUGCCGGCGUCGCUGAACGACCGCUACGUCAUCCGCUUCUGCGUGUGCGCGCCGAACGCGUGCGACGCGGACAUCGUCUACGCCUGGCACAUCGUGAGCCAGUUCACCACCGAGCUGCUGCAGCUGCUCGGCCACGAGAUCGACAAGAAGGAAGAGGAGAAGGAGCCUCACCACACUGUGCUCGACACGACGUACGACAGCUACAUCAGCUGCUCGGACAGGAUGACGCAUGGAUGAAGCGGCCGGGCAUGUGCGCCUGGCCCUGCCACCACCACCCCCACCUCCCGCAACUGCGUGCAUCCCUUGAAUGCGCACGUCGUAGGAUCCCGUUUGUCUACUGCUUGGCAACUGCUGAGACAACCUGCAUGUUUGCGCUUUGCACCUGCCUGACUUCGUCGCGCCCGCGCUGCAUGGAAUCCCCCGUGACGCCAUUUCCAGCCAAAUGUUCAUCGCCAAAAACCGUCCCUGUGCUGGCGAGAAACAUAGGACUUGUUCCAUAGUGUGCGUGAUAAUUUGCAUGAUGUGCAUAAUCAGAUCGAUGUUUAGGGUUCUGCGUGGUGCUUGUGAUUAGACACGCGCGCUGAUUAAACUGCCCUGUUAUUAACCCUAGACUUGAAACAGGCAUCAACCGUGAACUCCGGUCUACGACGCUAACCGCUUAUGGGUUCGUUGCGAUACAGGCCCUUCAUGAUGAACCACGCUCAAGCGUUGCUGCGUGCAUGUUAAAUAUCUUAACCAGUUAAGGAAAGUGUUCUAACCUGUCAAUAUCCCGAAGUACGCCACUGUAAAGCAAAAGAAUGACAAUGAGAAAGGAAUAUAGUUAUGCAGAGGUUCACGCAAACGUCCUACAAUCUUAUAUCAACAUUUAUGUACGUCUUUUCCACACAAGUGUAGCCCACUGUGAGCGUCACCGGUGUGAGUCUGGUGUCCUAUUGCGGAGGGGCAAUCGCAAUACUCUAAAAAGCCUAAAGCUGAGACUUUCUAUGUACGUCUUUUCUAAUAUCAGAGUAGGCAAGUACCUACAACUGCAGCUCCGCCAGAGUACAUCCAGUUCUAGAGGGUGCAGAUACAUUCAUACUCUCAAAGCAGGGCAAUGCCUGCAACCUGAGUUACGUGUUUUCGCUGCUCAGCGAAGGGUUACUACUGUAUACGAAGUUGAAUUUGUGGCAUAUUAGCAAACUCAUUUCUCUUUAGGUAUAAGCAUACGAAGUGUUUGUACACUUUAGCGAAAAAACACUAUGCAUGAAGAGCUGGUCAUUGCAUGAGGACAUGUGGAUGCUUUAGCCUUGAAGCUGCAAGUAUGAUUGUCGUGCAAUUCACCGCGUACUUUUGUAUCUUCACUUUUGAAUAUGAAUAUGAAUAUGAAUUGCAAAAAUUGCAAUGAAUAUGAAUUGCAUAUGAAUUGUCAAAAAGAAAACGUAAACUCAGACAUCCUAAAUACUGAAUUAUAAUCAGUAUAGUAUAGCUACAGGAACUGUCGGACAAAUAAUUUGUAUUUAAUGUAUCCACGAAGUGGCAAGUGAGGUUUCUUCCACUGCUUAUCACAGCAUCAAGUGCAAUCUUAAAAAAAAAGCACUAACUAUUCUACAGUAAAGCUCGCUCAAGAUUGCACAAUGGUAACAGAAGCCUAAUCAUCCUUUUCACUCAUCGAGCUCAACAAAAUAUCAAAACCACAAACGCACGAAAGCUGUUCUAAAAAUUGAGCUGAAUAUGAUUCGCUCUGUGCUCUUCCAUUUCUCCUGCCAUUUCUGUUUCUCACGUUGUUGCAUCGACUAGUGUUUUCUUUUUUUUUCUCUGUGUUAUGCGCUGGAAAUGAAAAAGCCCAACAUUGCUGCACUUCGAAAAUAACUUUGUGAAAGUGUGUGCUAGCCGAUAUAAAAAAAACAAUAAAGAAUGCUUAAGCACUCUGAUGUGUUAAAAGUGCACUAACGGCGAUUUUUUUUAACCUUGCAUAAAUGAUGCUGUUGAAUUCGUAAAAGAGUUGAACUCUCGUUCUCGUGCUUAAGGAUGAGAGCACAGCAUAGCGCAGGUGCCUUGGUUGUGCACAUUUCAUUCUGCAUCCAAAUUUUGCAGCAAUUCUUGUUUUUUGAAAAUAAUUUUCGCACUUCGUCAUGUGCUGUCAUGUCACCGUUAUCCUCUCGGCAUGGCACGUACGAGAUGAUUGGAAGCGAGUGAAAGGUAUCCAUACAAAAUAUGAUCCCUAUUUUACUCACCUUUUUCUUCUCAUUCUUUUGCUGUUGAGCACUUACACUUGCCGUUAAACGGAGUUUUGAUGUUGGCGUUUUUCUUGGGCAUGUGAGUUGCGCAUCAGAUAAAAAAAUAUCUACCGCAGCAAACUUUAUGUUGUGACAAGGGAAAUAUUUUGCUUAUUAGCGCUUGUUGUUGUCGCUACAACUAGAGCUCAUGUUGUAAUAGUGCAAUUUGUUGUUAUUUGACCUGACAUCCUGUCGUCGCGAGAAUGUCGCUUUUGUCUUGUCUUGCCGACAAGGCAUUCUACUCGGGAAGAUAGGAAACGUCGGAUCAAAGACAUGACUUUUUGUAGCACGCUACUAAGAAAUCGUCUGUUGAUUGUUUUCGGCUAAGUGAACUUAGUUUUGUUAUUGUUUUUAGCACACACGAUAGGGCUGAGCCGAGAUUUAGUUUCUUGUUUGUCGUCGUUGUCAUGAACUCCCUCAUCUUCGUUUUCCGUAUUGUUUUGUUUUUUGUUUUUCAUAGGCCCCUUUUAUUAGAGCGAAAAGAGAAUGAUACUAGAUUAUUCGUUGCCUCGUACGAGCUAUGCAUGUAUAGCUAAUGCAUGACUGCUUGUAGCGCAGCUAGAGGUAUUUCUCUAGUGUGUCACAAAGGGUUCUGAGGACCAGAGAUAUAUAUAUAUACGCAUAAAAGGCAUGUACAUUGUUGUUUCAUAUUUGUGAUGUCAAUACAUUUGUACAUAUACUGUCAAGAGAAGAAAUAUUCUGUCUUUUA